UGUCUUCAAUGACCGAUUUCCACUUUUGCAAAUUUUGGGAGAAAAGUGAUUCCUUGUUAAAGUUCAACGUUUAGUUGAAGAAGGAGCGAGGCUGUGGGAUGUCGUUGGAAGGUGGGCCUGCCAAGCAUGACGUCUGGCAGCUGCAAGCACGGUCUUGCCAGCCGAAAUUUCAAUUUUGGACAUGAACUGAACAUCGCGCGUUUCACUUUCUGCAAGGCGAGGCCUCAUUGUUUCUCAUCCGUUUCUCUCAGACCUGCAAUUGAUGCGCGCCCUCGCUGCCUCGUGGCGGUCCCUUCGCACAUAUGCGACAGACCGGAAGUCCCGACUUGGCCCGGCACUGAGUCUGGACCACUUCCUCCAACGAACGCGGGUACUCUCUUUCUAUCGGCACAUAAUCCGGAGCACGCGCCGGAUCUCAGACCCCAAGACCCGCGCAGAGACUCGCAAGUUUGCAAGGGACGAGUUUGAGCGACACCGCGGAGUCACGGAUCUCGUCAGUUCGCCAGUUCCCGACUACGCACCAGGACCGGUACUGACUUGGAAAAGGGCCAUAUCCGGUAUCUCUUGUCGACAGGCAAGACCGAGUGGGAUAGCAUGGAGAGGUACAUUGACCGCCUGUGAAACAAGAUCCGAUCCAACCGCCCGGCCUCAGCUGGCAUUUCUGUUUCCCGUGACCCCUAACCUGUGACCCGUUGUCUAUUCGUGCCGCAACCGCAUGUCCCUAUCCGGCGAGCGGCCCUGUUGAGAGCAGACGACCACCAAAUGGGCCGAGUUUCAUGCCAUAUAAUUCCCAUUGGUGUGGUGUAUGCCCCCCUCCGUUCUAUCGUACAGAACCCGGCUUCAACUGGUAUCAAAACAAUCCCCGUCGCGAGACCACCACCGCUCUAUCCCUGACGCUGCUUGUGCCUCGGGUUUGCCGGGCACACGAUGUAGAGGUAGCCGUUGUGCCGCUUGUUUGCCUUGCGCCGGACGACCUUGCAAUGCUCACAGCGCUUCUUGAUCGCGCUGCGCACCUUCAUACCGCGCACCUGCUGGGUCUGGAACACCGCCACGCCGCGCUGCACCGCGGGGGCCGCCACCGCACCGCUGA